AUGGGAGCAAUUCCUUUUCACCACUCCAUUCUCGAGGUCCGGCUACCGAAGCACUUCGAUAAGCCUACGGACAUGAGAUAUGAUGGAACCCAGGACCCUCAGGAACACCUAACAGCCUUUGAGGCUAGGAUGAACCUCGAGGGUGUGGGCGACGAGGUGAGGUGUCGUGCUUUCCCCGUAACCCUAGCAGGACCGGCAAUCCGAUGGUUCAACGCGCUCCCCCAAGGGUCCGUGACGACUUUCGCGGACACAACUCACAGCUUUUUAGCGCAAUUUACUACGCGCAUUGCCAAAGCAAAGCACCCGAUCAACCUCCAAGGGGUAACCCAAAGAAACGGAGAACCGACCAGGAAGUAUCUUGACAGGUUCAACGAUGAAUGUCUGGAGAUGGACGGCCUGACCGACUCGGUGGCCAGCCUGUGUUUGACGAACGGGCUGUCGAACGAAGACUUUAGGAAACACCUUACCCCCAAGCCUGUAUGGACCAUGCAAGAAAUUCAGAACGUUACAAGAUAA